AUGGCAUUCCAGGAUUUCGACGAAAUCACCGAACGGCGAAGAGCCGCCAGGGAACAAAGUUUCCGAAAAAGGGUAAUCACCGGCGUAGUUACUGGCUUCAUACUCCUGGCUAUAAUCGCAGCCGGAGCCGCAGCCUUCGUGGUCGUCUCUCGAGCCGAGCAUCACACACAUGGCGCCCCGUCCAGCUCUUCUACAAGUUCCGCUCAUGAAAAUAAGCGGGAGCCGACUGUGUCGGAAUCCGAGCACAGAGUAGUGAAACUCAUAUGCAACGCCACGGAUUAUAAGGACAAAUGUGAGAAUGCUCUGAUGUUGGGAUUGAAGAAUUACUCCAGCGGCUUGUCUCGUCAUCGUCCUGAAGGCUAUCUCAAGACGGCGAUUUUGUCCGCGAAAGACGAGCUUCACCGGGCUUUCAACAAGACUAAAUCGUUCAAAUUCAGUAACCCAGAUGAGGAAAAGGCGUUUGCAGAUUGCGAAGUUCUUAUGGAGGACGCCAUGGAAGAGCUCGAGGCCUCUAUCUCUACCGUCAAGGAGAACAAUAUUUUGAACAAAACUCCCCUGUUGAAGAGUUGGUUGAGCGCCGUUAUAUCUUACCAACAGACUUGCAUCGAUGGAUUCCCUGAAGGGAAGAUGAAGACUGAUAUGACGAAGCUUUUCAAGGCUUCUAAGGAGUUUACAAGCAAUUCUCUGGCUCUGAUAUCUGAGGUGACUUCGCUUCUUUCGACGUACCAGACGGUUUCAACCGCCCGUAACCUUCAAGAAAAAGAAAAAAACUCGCCAGCUUCUUUGGACAGAGAUGGGUUUCCUAACUGGAUUGGUCACGAGGAUCGGAGGGUGUUGAAGGUGAAGGGCGAUCUUCCUACGCCAAAUGUGACGGUGGCUAAAGACGGCACCGGUGACUUCACAACAAUCAAUGAUGCUCUGGCAGCCAUUCCUUCUAAAUACCAAGGACGGUAUGUUAUAUAUAUUAAGGAAGGAAUUUACGAGGAGACGGUGGUUGUCACCAAGAAGAUGGUAAACGUUACGAUUUACGGCGACGGAUCACAAAAGAGCAUCAUCACUGGGAGCAAAAAUUUUGUAGAUGGAGUUAGGACUUUCCAGACAGCUACAUUUGUUGUUUUAGGAGAAGGUUUCAUGGGAAAAGCCAUGGGGUUCAGAAACACAGCCGGGCCAGAAAAACAUCAGGCAGUGGCAGCUCGAGUUCAAGCGGACCGUGCCAUCUUCGCCAACUGUCGUUUCGAGGGGUACCAAGACACCUUAUACACACAAGCUCAUCGCCAAUUCUACAGGAGCUGCGUGAUCGCCGGUACCAUUGACUUCAUCUUCGGCGACGCGGCCGUGGUUUUCCAGAACUGCAUGUUGGUGGUGCGGAUGCCUAUGGCGAACCAGAAGAACAUCGUCACGGCCCAAGGGAGAGUCGACAAGCAGCAAACUACAGGGAUAGUCAUCCAUAACUGUCGCAUUAUGGCUGAUAAGAAGCUCGAGCCAGAGAAAGCCAGUGUCAAAAGCUUCCUUGGGAGGCCAUGGAAGGAGUACUCUAGGACCAUUGUAAUGGAGUCUACGAUAGAAGACUUGAUUCAUCCAGAUGGAUGGCUGCCAUGGGAAGGAGAAUUUGCUCUCAAAACUCUAUAUUACGCAGAGUAUAACAACAAAGGGCCUGGGGCCAAGGUUACCACCAGAGUCAAUUGGCCUGGUUACAGUGUCAUAAACAAGAAAGAGGCUGAAAAGUUUACAGUAGAGAAUUUCUUGCAAGGGAAUGAUUGGCUCAAUAUCAAAGGGAUCCCUGUUCGUUACACUCUUUAUACUUAA